UUUUUGUUGGUCGCUGCUGCCUUUUAUCCCAUCUACUCCACCGCCUCUCUCUCUCUCUCUCUCACACACACAUACCCACAGUUCGAAGAUCAUCAGAGCAGGGCAGGCACCACUCUCUUCUCUCUUUGCUGUGUUUGUCUGGCCUCGCCUCCCCUGGCUACCCACCUCCACUUUUUCUCUCAUUUCUUUAUCAUUAUUCUUCUUGUCAUUUUGAGAUAAACCCUCGGAUUCGCACAUGUUUGUUGUGGAGGAAUGGAGGCUUGAAUGAAUGCCAAAUCGCCAUUGGAACGAGUUGAAGUGCAUAAUAGGGCAUUCAAUUGCGAUCGCGUUUCGAGAAACAAGGACUGAUUGACUGACUUAAUAAUUGGUUGAUUGAUUGGCAGGGGGAAGAACAGUUGAAUGACUCCAUGAAUUUCGGUUGUCGGCGUGAUUCAAUCGGGAAUCCCUUGGAUAUUUUGUGUGGAACCCCAACCCAAUUGUUUCUUCUGAUAUAAAAUUCUUUGCAAAACUCUUUUAGGCUGAAACAUCGCCUCCAUACUAUUCAUACUUUGAGAACAAGAGUGCUGAAGAAUACUUCUUUCUGAGAAAGAGAUCGAUGAUGCGUAAGUUCUUCUGCUGCACCUGCAAAGUAGAGGAGUCUAACCAUCCCAACGAAGAUGAGAAUUUCAAGAACACCAGGAACAACAAUGAUGCUCAUCAAAAAGGCUCUAAGGCAUCGGCUCCAGUGAAGCCAGAAGUCCAGAAAUCAGCACCUCCUAUUGAGGUGCCUGCUUUGUCUCUUGAGGAAUUGAAAGAGAAAACCGACAAUUUUGGAUCAAAAGCCUUGAUUGGUGAAGGAUCCUAUGGAAGAGUCUAUUAUGCUCACUUGGAAAAUGGAAAGGAAGUUGCCGUCAAGAAGCUUGAUGUGUCAUCCGAACCUGAUUUGAACAACGAGUUCUUGACUCAGGUUUCCAUGGUGUCAAGAUUGAAGCAUGAAAAUCUUGUUGAAUUGCUUGGUUACUGUGUAGAUGGCAACCUUCGUGUCUUAGCUUAUGAAUUUGCGACCAUGGGAUCUCUGCAUGAUAUUUUGCACGGAAGAAAAGGAGUUCAGGGAGCACAGCCUGGUCCUGUUCUUGACUGGAUGCAACGAGUAAAAAUUGCUGUCGAUGCUGCUAGAGGAUUGGAAUAUUUGCACGAGAAGGUUCAGCCUUCAAUAAUUCACAGAGAUAUCAGAUCCAGUAAUGUCCUUCUAUUUGAAGAUUACAAAGCCAAGGUUGCAGACUUUAACCUUUCAAAUCAGGCUCCUGACAUGGCUGCUCGUCUUCAUUCUACUAGAGUUCUUGGAACCUUUGGUUACCAUGCCCCAGAAUAUGCAAUGACGGGGCAAUUGACACAGAAGAGCGAUGUUUAUAGCUUUGGGGUGGUUCUGCUUGAGCUUCUGACUGGAAGGAAGCCUGUUGAUCACACCAUGCCUCGUGGACAGCAGAGUCUUGUUACUUGGGCGACACCAAGACUGAGCGAGGACAAGGUCAAGCAGUGUGUCGACCCAAAACUUAAGGGAGAGUACCCACCCAAAGGGGUCGCCAAGUUGGCAGCAGUUGCAGCAUUGUGCGUGCAAUACGAAGCUGAGUUUCGUCCAAACAUGAGCAUUGUGGUCAAAGCCUUGCAGCCUCUCUUGAAGUCUACUGCACCCACCCCUGAGAGCUAAGGUAACAUCCGAAAGCCCCACCCCCACCCUCAUCCCCAUGUGGUUGUUCUAUAUUCACUUCAAUUGCAUAUCUGUGCCGUAUAAUGCAUAUCUUCCGAGUGUUUUUGUGAUUUCCAUUCGAAUAUUAUAUGUUUUUCCCUUUUCCUAUAAUGGAUGAGUGUUAUGUGUAGCCAUGAUGAUUAAAGAGCCAGCCAAUGUCUGUCUGUCUUCGUAAACUAGAAUAUCGAUCCAUUUCUAGUGUGAGACUGAGUGAUUGUGAAUGGAAGAUCUUACCUCUUGUGUUUGUCUGCCUAACAAUUUUUUCUUGUGAAUUUUAGUUCCAUGAGUUAUAUUGACC